CCUCCUCCCCUUCCCGACUAUUUAAAGUCGCGACAUCGCGGGCGGCGGCUCAGUGGAAGAAGAAGAAGGCGGCCGAGGAGGGUGAGAGUGUUUUUUUUUUUUUAAUUUUUUUUUUCCCCCUCCACGCGAGUUUUCCGCCAUGAAUCCCAACUGUGCGCGCUGCGGGAAGAUCGUGUAUCCCACGGAGAAGGUGAACUGCUUGGAUAAGUUCUGGCACAAAUCAUGUUUCCACUGCGAGACCUGCAAGAUGACCCUGAACAUGAAGAACUACAAGGGCUACGAGAAGAAGCCCUACUGCAAUGCACACUACCCCAAGCAAUCCUUCACCAUGGUGGCAGACACGCCCGAGAACCUGCGCCUAAAGCAGCAGAGUGAGCUCCAGAGCCAGAUCCGCUACAAGGAGGAGUUCGAGAAGAACAAAGGGAAGGGAUUCAGCGUGGUGGCCGACACCCCCGAGCUGCAGAGGAUCAAGAAGACUCAGGAUCAGAUCAGCAAC